AUGUUCCGCAAGAAGAAAAAGAAGAGGCCUGAGAUAUCAGCGCCCAAGAACUUCGAGCACCGUGUCCACACCUCAUUUGACUCCAAGCGAGGCUGCUUCGUGGGUCUGCCGACGCAAUGGCAGAGCCUGAUAGAGAACCUGCGCAGGCCCAAACCCAUGGUGGACCCUUCCAGGAUCACAGAGGUGGAGCUGAGGCCAAAGAAGACCAUUGUGCGGGGGAGCAUGAUUGGUCACGGAGACUACAUCGCAGCCAUGAUCAAUGAUAUGAACCGUCUGUCCGUGACCAGUUCUAACUCUCUGAGGAAGAGCAGCCCCUCAGCCAGGAAGAGGGCCCAGUCGCUGGGAAGGCUGGGGGAGGUGAACGAGGGAGACACCUACCAGUACGAGGGCCUGACCCAGGAUGAUGAUGAGGACGACGAGGAUGGGGGUCAAGACCCGUGGAGGGACAGGGCCCGGAACAUCCACAGUGAAACCAACACCCCCUACUUGGGCAUGAAGAAGAGCAUCACUCUGCAUCCCAAUGGGAUCCUGCCAAAGGCCAAGUCCACCUAUGAAGUCAGCGUCAGCUCUCUGGAAGGACCCUCGCAACUGGUUCCAUCCCAGAACAUCCCGGUGCUGAGUCACGGGGCUUAUAUGAGCGGUGAGGUUGGCAGCCCUCAGGAGAGAGUGAUAUGGACGAGAGAGUUCCAGCUUCCCAGGGGAGUGCCGCCAAUUCAGAGACCUAUAGCUUGUUUUUACAGCCCAGCUAUGACUAUACAGCAGCCUCAUGGCGAUCAAUCGACAGUCACAACGGAGCUUCGGCCCAACGUACCGAUGUAUAUGCACCCCCAGAACAGCCCCGGGAGGCCGUUCUCCUCCUAUGACUUGAAAGCAGAGUCGGCAGUGAGGUACCACUCCGGCUUCCUGCCCACUGGCAACAGCAGUCCUCUUGUGGGUGGCAUCAGACCCCAGCGAACUGUGCGCUCUUCAGCUAGCUACACGCUGGGCCUGUCUCCUAACAUGGGGCUGAGGCCCAAUGGGCCUGACCCCUUCCUCAGACACUCUGGAUGCCCCAACCCUCCCUACCCCCGGCAAGACAGCCCUUCCCAGCCUCGACCCUCCCCUACAGGCUCACUAGCCACCAGUCCUCCAGGCACCUGCUCCCCUGCUUUCAGGCCCCCCCUACAUCCUUCACCCAGACCACCACCAGACCCGCCAAAGGUGACGCAUGAACAGUUUAAGGCGGCCCUGCAGAUGGUGGUAGACAAGGGCGACCCACGGUCCUACCUGGAGAACUUUGUGAAGAUAGGGGAGGGCUCGACGGGGGUAGUGUGUAUCGCUACAGAGAAGCACAGCGGCAGGCAGGUAGCGGUGAAGAUGAUGGACUUGCGGCGGCAGCAGAGGAGAGAGUUGCUCUUUAAUGAGGUGGUUAUCAUGAGGGACUAUCAGCACAGGAACGUGGUGGAGAUGUUCAAGUCAGCCCUGGUGGAGGAGGAGCUGUGGGUUAUCAUGGAGUACCUGCAAGGUGGAGCACUGACCAACAUUGUGUCUGAAACCAGGCUGAGUGAAGAGCAGAUUGCCACAGUGUGUGAAGCUGUUCUGCAAGCCCUGGCCUAUCUGCAUUCACAGGGAGUCAUCCACAGAGACAUCAAGAGCGACUCUAUACUACUCACAUUAGACGGAAGGGUCAAGCUGUCAGACUUUGGCUUCUGUGCUCAGAUCAGCAAGGACAUCCCUAAAAGGAAAUCUUUAGUGGGAACACCCUAUUGGAUGGCUCCUGAGGUCAUCUCCAAAUCACCAUAUGGCACCGAGGUUGAUGUUUGGUCGAUGGGUAUCAUGGUGGUGGAGAUGGUGGAUGGAGCCCCGUACUUCAGUGAAACCCCUGUAGCAGCUAUGAAGAGACUGAGGGAUGAGCUGGCUCCUACUGUGCGAAAUGUCAGCCAGAUCUCCCCGGUUCUAAAGGACUUCCUGGACCGUAUGCUGACUCGGGACCCCCUAGAGCGGGCCAGUGCCACUGACCUGCUGGAGCACCCCUUCCUGCUGCAGAGCGGCUCACCUCAGUGCCUGGUCCCACUGGUGGAGCAGUACCGCAAACGCAUGUCCCGUUGCUGA